AUGAGAAUCGCUUGCUUACAAUUCGCCCCUCAAGUUGGAGAUGUCGACAAUAACUUUAAAAAGGCUGAUGCGAUACUCAGUAAAGCAGAUCCGGAAGACAUCGAUCUAUUAGUCCUACCUGAGAUGGCAUUUUCUGGCUAUAAUUUUACCUCAUUGGGGCAUAUUACUCCUUACCUUGAGCCAAGUACUUCCGGUGUUACAUCUGCAUGGGCGCGCACGAUAGCUCUCAAACACAACUGUAUAGUUACAGUUGGUUAUCCAGAAAAGGUUGAUCACUUUUCAAGAGUUUCAGCGAGACCUGAGUACUAUAAUUCUGCUGUUACAGUGAACAAGGAGGGUGAGCCUAUUGUUAAUUACCGAAAAUCAUUCCUUUACUAUACCGAUGAGACUUGGGCUCAUGAAGGAUCCGGUUUCUUUAGCGGAGAAAUUGAUGGACUAGGGAAAGUAGCCAUGGGAAUAUGCAUGGAUUUGAACCCAUACAAAUUCGAAGCUCCAUGGAGUACCUGUGAAUUUGCCUCUCAUGUACUUGAGAAGAAAGCAAAUCUUGUAAUUGUGUCAAUGGCCUGGCUUACAAGAGAAGACCAAAUUUCUUUUGGUCUAUUAGCAAAAGAACCUGAUAUGAAAACAAUUUCUUAUUGGAUUACCCGAUUGGAACCUAUUAUUCGAGCCGAAACCGAUGAAGAAAUCAUCAUUGUUCUUGCCAAUCGAUGCGGAACUGAAGGCGAAGCAACAUAUGCAGGGACAAGCGCAGUUCUAGGUAUUAGAGAUGGCGAAGUCAGUGUAUAUGGAAUUCUUGGUCGGGGCGAGGAGGAGCUUUUGGUUGUUGAUACCGAUGAAAUUCCUAGAGCAAAAAUUGUUUCAGCGCCAAGGUCAACCGAAUCUACUUGA